AUGGCCCUUCCCCCGAGUCCCCUGGCUAUGGAAUAUGUUAAUGACUUUGACUUGAUGAAGUUCGAAAUAAAGCGGGAACCCCCAGAGGGCCGACCUGGACUCCCCACAGCCUCACUGGGCUCCACACCUUAUAGCUCGGUGCCUCCUUCACCCACCUUCAGUGAGCCGGGCAUGGUGGGCAGCAGUGAGGGCCCCAGGCCAGGCCUGGAGGAGCUGUAUUGGUUGGCCACUCUGCAGCAGCAGCUGGGGGCUGAUGAGGUGCUGGGGUUGAGUCCUGAUGAGGCUGUGGAGCUGCUUCAGGACCAGGGACCAGUCCCCGUAGAAGGGCCCCAUGGCUACUAUUCAGGGAGCCCAAGAGAGACAGGAGCCCAGCAUGCCCAGCUGCCCGAGAGAUUUUCGGACUCGGCGCUGGUCUCGAUGUCUGUGCGCGAGCUGAACCGGCAGCUGCGGGGCUGCGGGCGCGACGAGGCUCUGCGGCUGAAGCAGAGGCGCCGCACGCUCAAGAACCGCGGCUACGCUCAGGCCUGUCGCUCCAAGCGGCUGCAGCAGCGGCGCGGGCUGGAGGCCGAGCGUGCCCGUUUGGCCGCCCAGCUGGACGCACUGCGGGCCGAGGUGGCCCGACUCGCUCGCGAGCGCGACCUCUACAAGGCCCGCUGUGAUCGGCUGACCUCUAGCGGCCCUGGGUCCGACGACCACGCUCACCUCUUCCUCUGA